AUGAUAGAAGUUGAGAGGGCAAAAUGUUCCCACAUAGUUUAGAACAAAAAGAAGCACAGUUAAUGACAGGGUCUUCAAAUUAAACAUGAAGAGGCUAUUCCCUGUUUAAUAAUGCCGGAAGCAAAGUUAGUUGCGGAAAAGAGGAAGGAGGAACCACCAAACCUCUAAACUGAACACUUCUAAUUUAAAGACAGAAAGAAAAGAGGAAAAAAACUUAAGACGCAAUCGGUGCCUUAAAUUCAACCGUCAACGCCCACAAUUAGCUGAAUCAUUUUCAUUUGCAAAUGGCUAGUAGCGGAGGAGCAGCCAGCCAGCCACCAUCACCAUACAAGCCAUACCGGCUUCUGAAAACCUUAAGAGCCCACGAACGAGCUGUCUCUUGUGUAAAAUUCUCCAACGACGGUACUCUGCUAGCCUCUGCCUCCCUCGAUAAAACCCUAAUUAUCUGGUCAGCCUCAAACCUCUCGCUCCUCCACCGCUUAUUCGGGCACUCCGAGGGCGUCUCCGAUCUCGCUUGGUCCUCCGAUUCCCACUAUAUCUGCUCCGCCUCCGACGACCGCUCUCUCCGCAUAUGGGAUGCUCGUCCCCCUUUCGAUUGCCUCAAAACCCUAAAAGGCCACUCCGACGUCGUAUUCUGCGUUAAUUUUAAUCCUCAGUCUAACCUAAUAGUUUCGGGAUCUUUCGACGAAACGAUUCGUAUUUGGGAGGUAAAAACCGGGAGAUGCAUGAGCGUGAUUAGAGCUCACUCAAUGCCGGUUACAUCGGUGCAUUUCAAUAGAGAUGGCUCUUUGAUUGUCUCGGGUAGUCACGAUGGUUCUUGUAAGAUUUGGGAGGCGUCUACUGGUGCCUGGUUAAAGACUCUUAUCGAUGACAAGGAUCCUGCAGUUUCUUUUGCCAAGUUCUCUCCUAAUGGAAAGUUUAUUCUUGUUGCCACUCUUGAUAGCACUCUUCUCUGGAAUUACUCGUCGGGAAAGUUCUUGAAGAUAUACACAGGUCAUACCAACAGAGUCUACUGCUUAACGGCAACGUUCUCAGUGACAAACGGGAAGUACAUUGUGAGUGGAUCUGAAGACAAUUGUGUUUACUUGUGGGAUCUACAGCAGAAAACUAUGGUUCAGAAACUUGAAGGACAUUCCGAUACUGUCAUUUCUGUAACCUGUCAUCCAACUGAGAAUAAAAUUGCUUCUGCUGGCCUUGAUGCUGAUAGAACCAUUAAAGUUUGGGUUCAAGAUUCUUGAAUUAUCUCUCUUUCAAGAUAGUUUUUGAAUCGGGAUCUCAAACAACUUUAUAGUUUGUGGUUUAAUUACUAAACAAAUAUAACAUUGUUGUCUUAUAAAACUAAAACAUGACAUUUUGCAACA